AUGGCCUUGCGAAAUAGUUUGCCAGUGGCUAUAACAAGAACAGCACUAAUUAUACCAGUUUUCAUAACAGGCUGUUUGAGCAUAGUCUUCACCCAAUGGUUAUCGCUUGUAUUUUUCAAGAACAAUGCAUCAACAAAGUACUCAAUGAUCAGUACAACAAAGACUCAUUUUUCAAUAUUAUUAGGCUGGCUAACUGCCCUAGUUAACCCGUGUCAAAUAGUCAUAACCGUGGAUGCUAAAACAGUGCCCCAUGCUCAACAAUACAAGGUAGACUCGAGUCAAAAUUUACACACUUUUUUAUCACCAAACUCAGUGCUCAUCUCAAACCAUCAAAUAUAUACAGAUUGGCUAUUCCUUUGGUUUCUAACAUAUACUUCAAACUUGAGUAAUGCCGUGUUCAUCAUCCUCAAGGAUCUCUCAAAACUACCUGUUCUUGGGUUUGGCAUGAAAAAUUUUAACUUUAUGUUCCUUUCAAGAAAAUGGGAAAAGGAUAAAGUGGUUUUGACUAAUCAGUUAUUGGAAAUCGAUGCAAACGCUCGUGGUGUGGGACCUGCAAAUGGAGUGCAGUUGGUAUCUACUACCAACAAAUCUGAUAUCAAGAAAUGGCCCGUGAACAAAACCCAGAAGCUGCAACAACUGCAACAACUGCAACAACUGCAACAACUGCAACAACUGCAACAACUGCAACUGGUCAUAUGGCCCUAUGAGUUGAUUUUAUUCCCCGAAGGAACCGUGCCAUCGGAUAGAACUACAAAGAAAUCAGCUGAAUUCACACAAUCUAAAAACUUGCCACCAUUGAAACACGUAUUAUUGCCAAGAGUUCGCGGAUUAUAUUUGGCAUUGAUGAAAUUACGAAAUUCCAUCGAGCAGGUAUACGAUAUUACAACAGCAUACUCUAACUUGAGAGAGGAUGAAUAUGGGGAAAUCAAGUACUCGUUGAAAAAUUUUUACUUGAGAGGAAAAGGUUUCGAGCUGGUAAACUACUAUAUUCGUGCUUACAAUAUUAGGGAUAUUCCCUUAGGUGACGAAAAUCCCGACGAUAUAGAACAAGUAUCAGAUGAAAAUUUGGUGCAGUUUGAAAAAUGGCUCUUAAAAAUAUGGUACGAGAAAGAUCAAUUGAUGGACAAUUUUUAUAAAACGGGCGGAUGGCAAAGCAAACCGGGUACUACAAAAACAAUUGUUGGUCUGUUUAAAAUGAAAAAUGGUUGGGAAAUCUUGAGACCUUUCCUACCUGUUUCAACUGCGUUUUUGGGAUUGUCUUUGAUUUUCUAUUUCUUUUCAGUUUUAUUUUUGUCUAGAGCUAAUAUAGAGUAA